AUGUCCACUCUCCUGGAAAGCAUCACUAGCAUGAUUGACAUAUUCCAACAAUACUCAAACAAUGAUAAGGAGGAGGAAACACUGAGCAAAGAAGAGCUGAAGGAACUUCUGGAAGGAGAAUUACAAGCAGUCUUGAAGAAUCCAAAUGACCAAGACAUAGCAGAGGUCUUCAUGCAAAUGCUAGAUGUGGACCACGAUGACAAAAUAGAUUUCACUGAGUAUUUACUAAUGGUAUUAAAGCUGGCACAAGCAUAUUAUGAAACAUCACAAAAGAGAAGAUCCCAAACAAAAGAAUCAGGAAAGAGAAAUAAACAUGAUUACAAAGGACCUGAAGAAAGGAGAGAAAAAGUACAAAGAAGACACAGGCGGAGGAACAGUGGAACUGAUGGAAAGCAAGAAAAUGAACGAUCAAAAAGCCCAAGAGGAAGAGGGAACAAAAGACAAGGAUCAAGCACUAGAUGUGAGGAAAGUGACACAAACAGAAGUAGUGAGAGAGAAAACAAAAGGCACCAUCAUGGUUCAAACAGAAGGCAAAGAAGAGGUUCCAAUUCAUCUGACAGGAAAGAGACAAGAAGUAAGAAACACAGAGAGGUAAAAGAAAGAAAUUAUGCUGGGAUCUAUAACGAUGGAAAAGACGGACAAGAUUGGGAAGUAAGCUAUGAGAAUUGUUAUUACAAAACUAAAAAAAGUAACAGGGAGCAAACAGAAGGAAGAAAUAAUACAAGAAAAGAAUAUCACAAUGAGAGCGAGGACUCCAAUAGUCAGGCAGGCAGGAGAGGCACUGCAGCCACCAGGCACGCAUCUCGCCCCGAACAGUCUCCAGACGCUGCUGGCCGGACCGGAUCCAUCCGUGGACAGCAGUCCGCCCAACGACAUGCUGACUCAGCCCCGGGCAGCACAAGAACCGGCUCCAGACGAAGAGGAGAGUCCCCAGCUGGCCAGCAGUCCCCGACAGAGCCAGGCACACCAAUCCAGGAGGAUAUCUUCAACUUCUUCUCCACUAACCAAAACAACAGCAACCAGGAACAUAAGGAGGAGCAGCAGGUGCCCCAGGUUCUCUGA